AUGCAUAUCAAGGAUAUGCUCAACGAUGCCGAGAGGAGCGGCCAGCCCUCCUUCUCAUUCGAGUACUUCCCUCCCAAGACCGCCCAAGGUGUCCAGAACCUUUACGAUCGUAUGGACCGCAUGUAUAACCUAGGUCCCAAGUUUAUCGAUAUUACAUGGGGUGCUGGUGGCCGCAUUGCUGAGCUCACCUGUGAGAUGGUUCUCCAGGCUCAAGCUGUUUACGGUCUCGAGACCUGUAUGCACUUGACUUGCACUGACAUGGGCGUUGAGAAGGUCAACGACGCUCUACUCAAGGCGUACAAGGCCGGCUGCACCAACAUUCUUGCCCUUCGCGGCGACCCUCCCCGAGCUCAAGACAAGUGGGAGGCUGCCGACGGAGGCUUCCAGUAUGCCCGCGAUCUUGUCAAGCACAUCCGCAAUACCUACGGCAACCAUUUUGAUAUUGGCGUUGCAGGUUACCCAGAGGGUUCCGACGACAACAAGAACGAGGACGAACUACUCGACCACCUCAAGGAGAAGGUCGAUAUGGGCGCCACUUUCAUUGUCACCCAGAUGUUCUACGAUGCCGAUAACUUUAUUCGAUGGGUGAAGCGUGUUCGUGAGCGUGGUAUCACCAUCCCUAUCCUUCCCGGUAUCAUGCCAAUUGCAACCUACGCAAGCUUCCUCCGACGAGCCAACCACAUGCAAGCCAAAAUCCCACAGGAGUGGCUCGACGCCCUGGAGCCCGUAAAGAAUGACGAUGUUGCUGUCCGAAACAUUGGAAAGACCCUAGUUGCCAAUAUGUGCCGGAAGUUGCUCGCCAACGGCAUCCAUCACCUUCACUUUUACACCAUGAACCUUGCCCAGGCGACACGAAUGCUACUGGAGGAGCUCCAAUGGGCCCCUAGUGCUGAUCGACCUCUACAGCAUGCCCUCCCUUGGAAGCAGUCGAAGGGACUUGGCCGCCGCGAAGAGGACGUCCGUCCCAUCUUCUGGCGGAACCGCAACAAGUCCUAUGUCAUUCGCACACAAGAUUGGGACGAGUUUCCUAACGGUAGAUGGGGUGAUUCUCGCUCUCCCGCUUUUGGUGAGCUGGAUGCCUAUGGCAUUGGCUUGACAGGUUCCAACGAGGCGAACCGAAAGAAAUGGGGCGAACCUAAGGCUAUUCAGGACAUUGCUCAACUUUUUGUCUCUUACCUCAACAACAAGAUCGAGUCCCUACCAUGGAGUGAAUCGCCUCUCACUACUGAAGCUGAUGAGAUUAGAGACGACCUCAUCGAACUGAACAAGCGCGGACUCUUGACCAUCAACUCGCAGCCUGCUGUCAACGGUGUCAAGUCCUCUCAUCCCAUUCACGGCUGGGGUCCUGACAACGGCUACGUCUACCAAAAGUCGUACCUCGAGUUGCUUGUUCACCCUGGUGUUUUCGACAAGAUGAUCUCGCGCAUUGAGAACCACCCUGACCUGACCUACUACGCUGUUACCAAGGAUGGCGAACUUCGAUCUAACGUCACUUCUGACGGCCCCAAUGCCGUCACCUGGGGUGUGUUCCCUGGUAAGGAGAUUGUUCAGCCAACCAUUGUCGAGAGCAUUAGUUUCCUCGCAUGGAAGGAUGAGGCAUUCCGACUGGGCGUUGACUGGGCGCACUGUUACGACAUCAGCUCCCCUAGUCGUGCUCUUCUUGAAGGCGUCAUGAAUGACUGGUACCUGGUCAAUAUUGUUAAUAACGAUUUCCACGACAACAAAACCAUCUUCGAGCUUCUUAAGGGACUCGAGGUUAAUGACUUGACGACUCCUGCGACUCCUCUCUCCGAGCCUGUCGCGAACGGCGCCGUCGAUACCGAGCCCAUUGCUAAUGGUACUGCGGCCACCACCGUUGCGAACUAA